UCCUUGGGCUUACCCUCGGAAGGAGGAGGCAGUCCAUUCAGAUCUCGUUCGUACUCUGGGGUCGGGGAUGGGGUCCUGGACUUAGGAAGACCGAUUCUUCUCGGUUCUAAAACAGAAAGGUCCUCUGCCCCUGGGCAAACCAAGACGAUGGGCCACACGGGACUGGGCUUCUGCGUUGUUGCAGGUCGGGGACGGGGCUGUUAUCUUCCCUGAGCCCUCUGGGGAGCUCUGUCCCUAAGGAGGAGGCCUUAGGGCAUAGCGGUUGAGAGCACCGUCUUGGGGUCGCUGUAACUGCCUGGGAGUCCGGGUUUGCCGCUAACUGGAUGUGUGACCUUCUGCAAGUUACCUAAUCGUUUGGUGCCUCCGUUUCUUGGUCUGUCAAAAGGGAGUAUUAGAGAACCAAACUUAGUACUGUCGCAAGGAUCCCAUGAGCACAAACAUAUUAACCACCUAUGACAGGGCUUGGCACAUGUUAGGUGACCAGUAAAUGCCAGGAUUUUCUGCAGCAUCUACCUCUGGGGAGACAGGGGAAUGAGGUGAGGUGUACUUGCAAGGCUGACUUUCCUGCAGAGGGCUCACUUGGGACUUGUACCGGCACCCCCCAGUCCCCCGGUGCCUAGCAUGGUGCCUGACACGUGGUAGGCUUCCGUAGAUGUUACCACAGCAGUGGAGGGGUGCUGGCGAUGUGUGUGGGGAGGUAAGAGACAUGGUUCCAUUUCUCCCAGCCUCCGUUUGCUCAUCUGUUAAGUGGAGAUAGGUGUACUUGCCUCCUAGAGUGAAUCGUGGAGACGCUCAUCAGCCCACGUUCGGGGGUCUAGGCAAGAUGGUAGUGUGUGCUCCCCUAGCCUUCCUUUGCAUCAUACCCUUGGUUUUUUGGAAUUCUCCUAGAAGGGGCUCCCGGCCCCUUGUUCCACAGAUUGGAGGACUUGAAGUUCAGAGGGGACAGUGACUUGUUUGAAGUCACAGGGCUCAUGGGGAACUGUGCUGUGGUUGCCCCCAGGUGGGCUGUGCCCAGUGGUGAUGGGGUUUAGGUCUGUGAGAGAAUGCUUUAAGUAUAGUGAAUGUAGUUUUUGUAAAAAUAAACAAUAUAAAAAUGUAGAGGGAGGAAGGUUUAAAAAAGGACUCCAACUCCCAAUUCCAGAACUAAAUGUGAGGUCAUUGUAUCAGGGAACACGGUGGUAGACUAGGCACCCAUGGGGUGGGGAGCCAGAGGAGAUAAGCGAACUUAGGAAGAUAGAUGGGUGGGUUGAGGGUCAUGUUUAAAGAGAUGUGGGUUUAGGAGGGGACUGGGUGUAAUAGCAUCGGUGGGCAAAUCAGUAGGUCACAGCAAAUACCCAAAUUACCAUUGGGUAAGGAUGAAUCUUUCCUAUCUUAUUUUUCACACAAUGCUCCAAGAUAGAUAUUAGACCCAUUUUAUAGAUGAACAGAAUCUAGGAAGUUAGGAAACCUUGAGGUCACUUUUCAGUGAGUUCAUUUUUCUGAAUGAGCUCAGGCUCCAGUUCAACUCUCUGGCCCUGACUCUACCGAACGUUCAACAGAAUGUGGCCACCAUCCUGAUAAGGGAGCUGAGGUGCCCCAAGUCCCUCACAAGUCCGCGUGCCCUUGUUGUCGCUGCCUGCUACCCCUCCAGUCCGCAUCCGUUUCCAGCACCUGACAUCCUCAGCUGUGACCCCGGUGGUAACCUUGCCCAGUGUGUGAGGAUCUGGGAGUCCUUAUGGUGCAGAAUGGAAGGUCAUUUGUGGAGCCUUUGAUUUUUUUCUUUCUUUUUGGAUGAGGGUCUCAAGGUCCCAUGUGCCGAGUAACGGCCAAGCAAAUGGCCAAAGACGCUGACAAGUCCGACAGGCCGGGCAGAAGCUUUGGGCUUGUCUCGGGCUACCUCUGCCGCUUCCCGUGUCUCCGGCCUGAUCACUGAGCCUCUCUGAGCCUCAGUUUUCGGUCACAGAUGUUGGGGUGGUGGUAUGAUCAGACCUGUUCGGAGGUGUUGGGUACAGUUGUGGCUGUAAAUGUGAAAUGAUCGUAUUCUGUAAUUUGUCAUCUUUCUCUUGGGUUCUGGCAUGUGCUGAGAGCUCAGUAAAUUGACCAGAGAGAGGAACAGACAGCCAGAAGCACACCCAGGGCCCGGCCCCCUUGGGGAAGGCACCCAGGUAUAUGCGCAUGCUGACGCAUACUUGGCAUUGACCACGGGUCUGCUGAAAUGAAUUACAGUGACUUACCUGGGGUGAGAACCUGAGCACGCUCGCAACCAGUCCGGGAACACUGCCUUCUCUUCGUGUGUCCACGUUUCUAGAAGGAAGAGCACCGAGAAUCUCUGUACUGGGACCUGGCCUUGGGCACAGCGCGCAGGAGAGCCAGACGGGGAAAAAGGGACUCUUAUUUAGGUCCGGCCCCCAUGAAGCAAGCCAUCUCUUCACACUUGGGGCUAAACAUUGAAAUACAUAAUAACCGAGCCCUGCGGAUAAGGUGUCCUAAACGUCUUAAUGCAGCUUGUCCGGCUUUCCAAAUUUCCAAAGUAUAAACGUUACAAAUUUACCAAAAACGCCAUUUGAAAGUUGACUUCAACUUCUUUCACAUUUAUUUAGUUUUGUGAAGUUUGAAAGUAAUUUUUUGUCUUCGGCGGUGAUUGCUGUCUUCAGUUAGAGGGCCGGAAUUUUCAGAAGGCGUCUUUUUGUAAGUUCGUGGCACUUAACUGCUGCUGAGAUUGUUAAGCGCAGGCAGACUUGGGACACCCUGGCUGCCAUGCAGACAGGGUUCUAAACCUAACUUGGAUCGAGAAUACUUAACCAUUUAGCUAAAAAUGGUAUUUUUUACGUGCAAUGCAUGUGGCGAAUCUGUGAAGAAAGUGCAAGUGGAAAAGCACGUGGCCAUUUGCCGAAACUGUGAGUGCCUGUCUUGUAUUGACUGCGGUAAAGAUUUCUGGGGUGACGACUACAAAAACCACGUGAAGUGCAUCAGUGAAGAACAGAAGUAUGGUGGCAAAGGUUAUGAAGGUAAAACCCACAAAGGCGAUAUUAAGCAGCAGGCAUGGAUCCAGAAAAUUAAUGAAUUAAUAAAAAGACCCAACGUGAGCCCCAAAGUGAGGGAACUUUUAGAGCAAAUUAGUGGUUUUGACAACGUUCCCAGGAAAAAGGCGAAAUUUCAGAACUGGAUGAAGAACAGUUUAAAAGUUCAUAAUGAGUCCAUUCUGGAGCAGGUGUGGAGUAUCUUUUCUGAAGCUUCUGGCAACGAACCGGUCAGUAAGGGGCAGGACCGACAGCCGCUCAAGCAAGGGGCCAACCCGCCCGGCGUAGAACUUUCCACAAAGGUUCCAGCUUCCCACACAAGUGACACCCCAGAAAAGCAAGCAGAGGUGAAGAAGAAUAAAAGAGAAAGGAAGGAAGAAAGGCAGAAGAAUAGAAAAAAAGAGAAGAAAGAACUAAAAUUAGAAGGUCACCAGGAGAAUUCAAGGGGUCAGAAGCCUAAGAAGCGCAAAACGGGGCAAGAACAAGAGGCCGAUCAGGAGGCUGGAGGGGAGGCCCCGGGCUCUGCAGGGAAGAAGAGCCAGAGCAAGGGGGGCAAGGCCAAGGGGGCGGCGGACGGAGCCAGAGACGCCAAGGAGGAGCCGACGAAGCCGCCGCCCGGGAAGAGAAAGAAGCACGCGGACGAUGAAGCAGAUACCAAGAAGAAAAAGAGGAAGCUCUCAGGACAUUCUGAGGGUGGAGAACCGGAAAACCAUGGGGCUCCUGCAAAAGGUAAAUUCAACUGGAAGGGAACUAUUAAAGCAGUUCUGAAACAGGCCCCGGACAACGAAGUAGCAAUCAAAAAGCUAAGGAAAAAGGUUUUAGCUCAGUAUUACGCGGUGACAGAGGAACACCACAGAUCGGAAGAGGAGCUCCUGACCAUCUUUAACAAGAAGAUCAGCAAGAACCCCACCUUCAAGUUAGUAAAGGACAAAGUCAAGCUUUUGAAAUGAACGUUUUUCUACUUAAAAAUUGAAUCCGUUCUGUUGAUUUUUUUUCACUGCUGUUUCUAAAACAUGUAAUGAGUUACAACAACUCCAAUAUUGCUUUUUCAAAGCUGUAUUUUUAAGUUACAGAAAAAGUCUAUUUUUGGUAGAACUUUUAUGAGAAAAUAAAAUAUAUUCUUAUCCAAAAUUCAAAA